GCUGUGUAUCUGCAGUACGAGAGAGACACGGGUGUCUAUGGAGGAAGGCCUAGCGUGCUCUUCAAGGUCUGCGUCGAGCGGCGCGACCACGUCCGAAGCCGGAGUAUCAAAGCUAGCUCCGGCGGAGCCGUACCUUGGGUGUGUCCAUCGACGCUUUGCACGACUUUGUACACGAUGUCGAGCACGUUGAAAAAGAGCAGAAAUUUGUGAAGCUUCAUAUUCCCACAACUUCGUAUCAGACCCAUACGCGCCAUUCUGCAUUCUGCAACAAACUGAGUCGGCCGCGUUCCGCCUGUCGGCGGCCACGCGCAGUUGCGCCGCGCAUAGUUUCGUACGCGGUUUUACGGAGGCCGCAACACACACGUUUGGAGUUUGCACCGCUGGACGCUGGGUUGGGAUUCUUCUUUAACCGAUAUGCACGUUUUGCAACGACGGCAUGACUCCAGCCUGUCGAGAUCCUGACCGACGUUGUUGUUUUGACUGAGGCGUGGCGAUGACGUCGGUCCCGAAACAGGACUCCGCAAGGAGCUGGGUGGUGGCCUUCAGCUGCUGCUGGAUCAACUUCUUCUCGGCGCUCAUGUACAAGUCGAGCGGCGUCGUCUACGUCGGAGUGCUGCAGACGCUCAACGUGUCCAGAGAAGAAGCCUCGUGGCCACUCACUCUGCUGGCCGUCUUCAUAUUUACCACCGGUCCCGUGGCAGGUAUCCUUGCCCUCUACCUAAGCAUAUGGAAGAUCUCCGUGUGUGGAUGCCUCCUGUCGGCCUUGGCUGUCUGCGCCUGCUUUUACGCGGACAGCAUCGUUUACCUGAUGGUCUGCUUGGGCGUCGUCCAAGGUUUUGGACUUGGACUCCUGACACUCCACAACGUCAUCAUCAAUCAGCACUUUGAGAAGCACAGGGCCACCGCUUCGGGGAUCAGUUACGCCGGCCCCACGCUAGCGUCCCUGGUGUACCCUCCGGCCGUUGAAGUCCUCUUCGAAGAGUUCGGGCUACGAGGCUCGCUCCUCCUGUUCGGUGGAAUUAUGCUCAACGCCGUCGCCGGAGCCUUCCUACAGAGACCCCCGUCUUCUAAAACCGCCAACAAGUCUUCCUUCAAAGUCGUGCCUGAAACAUUAACAGCGGAUGACGUCGACUGUGCCGCGCCUCUUGCCCGUGACGUCUGGGUCGAAUACAAAAAGGACGCUCCACUAGACGACCAGGUCAGGUCGCCAUCCGGUCUUCCAGAGUGCGGGGACUCGGCGGUACCCUCGAAAUACCUGCCAGAAGAUAAAGACGUGCGUUUCCACGGCCUCGACGCGGCGGAAUGGUCACGACUGCAUCGCAACCUGUCCCUCUUCCUCUUGCCAAUGUUCUACCUGAUCUGUGGCUCGUUCGCCCUGAUUCUCUUCAACCUGACCACCUACCUGACCGUCAUCGUGGACUUUGCCGUUGGCUAUGGCGUCUCCCGAAUCAGUGCGGUGCUCCUCAUCUCAGUUUACUCCAUAGCGGACCUGGCGGCCCGUCUAGGGUCCGGCUGGAUAUCCGAUCGAGGUUUCGUGAGCAGGGGCAACAUGAUGGCCGUACACUUCCUCAUAGGCGGACUGGUGCUCUUUGCCAUCCCGGUCUUCACGACGUACGUUGGACAAGUCGUGUUGGCCGUGGUGUCCGGAUGGGCCAACGGAUGCACGAUGAUUCUAGUGUCUGUCUUGCUCACCGAGCAUACUGGGCUUGACAGGCUGCCGGUGUCCUUCGGCGUGACGUCUCUCGUCGCUGGCGUCCUCUGCCUGGCGAGACCUCCACUGAUUGGCUACUACAGGGACACCUCGGGGGACUACGAAGGGCUCUUUCGUCUCAUCGGCGGUGCAUCGAUCGUUUUCUCGGGAAUAUGGUCCGUCGCGACACUAGCACUCAAGCUAAGGUCAAGACGAAAGUGAUGCUACUCUCGACGCCUUGUUCACGACCUGGUCACGUCUCCGUUGUUCGUCUGGUGCGCGUACACUGAGACAGUUUCCUCGCCCCAAUCAAUAUACACUAAGCUUGCCAACGUAUAGAGUCGUCUGUGUGUGUGCGUGUGUGUUUUCUACUCCGAGCUCAUUCAGUGGCUCUGUUGCAAACUAAGCACUAAGUUUACAUAUCUGUUGGUUUACAAUCCCUCACAAAACUAAACGAAUCAACUGGUUAGCGGCGCGAGCGUGUAUACUUUGAGACAAAUCUCAUGCCGACGUCGCUCAGACUCAACUCGUUUUAUAGAAAACUGUACUGGUGACUGCAGCUUGCGUUUAUGUCACUGCUUCGUUACAUUGAAUCCUCUAGCGACGCACGGAGUGCCUUCAAUCAAUUUGUGAACAUAAACGCGCUAGCGACACCAUCUUAACUCAGUGGCGUGCACUAACCCCUAGCAGACGGGCAUAUAAAGUUACUCUCACCAGCACCCCCUCGACAAGCGCCAUCUGUCGAAUGCACUGUAUACUCUAAAUCGGAUAUUUUGUUUUGCGCACAUGUCUCUGCAGAGCAGUCGACUGAAAGAGCUGGUAGUACAAAAUGGCUUGGCGGUACGCGUGUUUACGCUAAGGUAAUAGUUCGUAUGGACCUGACGUACAAGCGCGGUAUUAUUUCACUCAGUUUUGUCUAGGCAACGAGUUUGUCUUUUCUUUAUUUGGCUUUGUGUGUAUCUGUUUUUUGCGUCUGAAUAAAAGGCGAUGAGCCCGAUGUAAACAAACUAAAGGCCGUGCUUUAUCCUGGGUAACAUGAAGCAUUUAUAGAAUACAAAAUUUGAUUGCUACCUGGUUAAAACAGACUAUGUGUUUUCUUAUUUUACUUCAAGUUAUGGUAUUUUGGUCUAGGAAAUGACGACAGCGGCGAAGUAUAAUAAUCUUAUCUUCUUGCAGAAAACAAAAAAUCUUACGAAUGUGAAAAUUAUAAGGGGGAUACCGGAAAUUUAAGCACAGAGCCACGCUUCAUCAAAUAUGAUAUGAUUAAGGCAGACCAAGUAUAUUACUUCAGACUUUUACAAAGGAUACAUAAAGAUAGAUUUUACGCCACACGAACAGACAGGCUGAGUGCAUAUAAUAAUGUUUUAUUUUGCACCAAAAAUACAUGAUGCAGGAGGCCUGCAGAAACAGCUGUCAAAUAGCUUGACAAAGCCGAAAACUUCCAUACUGGCAGCAUCGGGGCAAAGAUAAGAUAAUAAACAAUAGAAGUAAAAGUGGAAACAUAGUGACGAAUCUUUUCACACAAAAAGAUAAAAAUAUAGAAAAGAUAAUAAACUAUACAUAUUAGAAAUACAGAUAAAAAUGGACACACAAUGAUGAAUCUGUUUACACACAAAAUAUAAUAAAUUGUACAUCAUAAAAAUAAAAUUAUCAUAUAGUGACAAGUCGUUUCAUUGAACCACAAAAAAAAAAAGAAGAAAUCAACAAAAAUGAAACAAUAGAAGUUUCUGGAAACAAAUUAUACCCCCCCCCCCUUCUUUUUCUUUUUUUUUUAGUAUAAGAGUUUAAAGUAUUCUGAAGAAGUUACGCAGUUCUUUAAAAGAAAUAUGUUCUGACUGAAUAUUUUUAUCAUGUAAUUUAUUUAAUAAUCUUGGUAAUUUGUUUUGUAUCAUUUCUAAGCCGUAUCUUGUUCUACAGGUGUCUAUUUUCCAAGGCUCAUUUUUUCGCGUGUUGUGUACUGUAACAUGUGGUUUUAGUUUUGCCAAGUUUCUUAAAAGGCAAAUGUUAUUUCUUGUUUCUUGUUUAUAUUUCUUACAGAGGCGGAAAUCAUACAUUUUUGUUAUAGGCAUUACAUUAUAUUUUGUAAAUGGGGAUUUUGUGUGAUAAUGAUUAGGCACCUUUUUUACCAUUCUCAGAAACCUUUUUUUGUAAUAUAUGUAUUUUCAGCAGAUUUUCUUGUGUGGACGAAGCCCAGACUAAAUGACAGUAGUUGAGUCUCGAAGAAAAUAGUGGAUUAUAUAUUAAGAUCAUAAUGUUACGUGGCAGUAUAUACCUAUUCCGAUAUGUCACGCCGAGGAUCUGCGACAGCUUAGUCAUCACUGAAUUUAUAUGAUUGUCCCAAGACAAUGUUCAUGAAAUACGACGCCUAAUGUCUUGAAGAAGGGCACGAUCUCGACAGGAGCAGAUUUGAAAAUAAUUGUUUCGCUUGUGACUAUAUUCUUGUUUUUACCGCGAAAUAAAAUUGCUUUUGUCUUUUCAACAUUUAUGUUUAGACCAUUACCUUUUGUCCAGUAUUCUAGCCCAAGUAGAGUCGAAUUCGCAAGGUCAAUUAUUUCAUCGGGUAAUUUGCCGGCUAAAAGUAUGCUGGUAUCGUCCGCAUAAUUAAUACAUUUGGCACUAGAAGAAAUAUAUAUACUCACGAUAUCAUUUACAUACAUAUUAAAAAAAAGGGGGCCCAAAAUGCUGCCCUGUGGUACGCCAGAAGAAACUCGUAGAGGGUCCGAUAGAGAGUUACCCAAGCUAACGAUUUGGCUACGAUGUUGUGAAUAGGAUCGAAUAAGGGACGCUGCUGUUCCACGAAUACCAUAUCGCUCUAGUUUUUGUAUGAGAAGUUCGUGAUUAAUAGGGUCGAUGGCUUUUGUAAAGUCUACAAACAGACCUAAGACUAGAUUUCCUUUUUCUAACUCGGAGAGAAUGUGCUCUUUCUGCGCAAGUAGAGCCAGCUCUGUAGUGAGGUUUCUACGAAAGCCAUACUGGGAGUCAAUUAGCAGGUGAUGUUUUGUUUCAAAUUUAUUAAAUCGUUUAAGAAUAACUUUUUCGAAUGCCUUUGAGAAUACUGGUAGAAUAGAUACUGGUCUGUAAUUCCCCAUGUCAUUCCUGACACCUUUUUUAAAAAGCACUGUGCCCCGCGCAACCUGCAUUUUUAUUGGAAAGACCGCAUAACUAAGGCAAAGAUUAAAAAUACGCGCUAUGCGAGGUGCAAGAGAGAAAACAGCAUGUUUAAAUGGCUUUACUUGCAUACUAUCAAUAUCUUCAGCAUUACUAUUUUUUUAAACUUCCAAAUAUAUCGGUGACUUCCUCUUCACUUACAGGUUCAAGAAAAAUUGAGCUAUCAUUGUGUGAAACAUGUCUAAGGUCGGUAUUUAACGUUAGUUUAUCCACAUAUCUGAUUAGAAACUCAAAGCGAAGGAUGCCGGCCGUAAGAACCAACAACGGCCGACAAGCUCUAACCGUUCAAACAACGAAAACUCUAAACAGAACGGAUCUAAGCAUUAACUUCAGUUGCACCUUUUCUAGUUUAAAAAGUGAUUUCAGAAGGUUCUUGGUUGGCAGUGAAAUCGCAUUUUCAUCUGGAUAGUGUAUUUCACCAAAAACAUGAUCACUUUAUAUAGCUACUUUCAAAUAAAUAUGUUUUCAUUGUAUAAUGACAUGUCGGAGAUAUAUAAGAUGGCACUCUAGAUUUUUUGUUUACUUUAGAUUUUUACACGACUAUCAUUUACUGACAAUUAUAGUGUUUUCUUGUUUUUGCUUUCACCAAAUAAAUGUAGUGUUUAUUUUCCCUUGUUGCUUUGACUUUUUUCUCUUUUAAUUGUGUAAUGUUUUGUAGAAUUGUUAUUAUGGAGCUAUCUUGAGCUGCUGAACUUUAGGGGAAAGAGGCUUUGUCAGGCACCGCGUCUUUUCCUCAGACCCCCUACGCGGCAAAAACGCAGAAAACAAAUAAAAUAU